CCUAAUACCAUCGUGGCCAAAGCGGCGACUGCCGUCGAGGCAACUCCAGAAGCUGCCGAAAGCGUGUACGAGCUGUGGAAGCCCGUACUGGAGAAGGUGGAGGUCUUUGCAUCGCUUGUCGAGAGCAUAGGGGACCUCCAUCCUUACGCCAAAAUCGCAUCCACUGUUCUCCUUUCGGUUGUCAAGCCUGUAAUCGACCAAGACAAACGAGACAACGCUAUAGCCAAUCUUCUAGAGGCUAUGGACGACCUCUAUGGACUCGUGAACAAGUCCGAUCUCCUCGGUGGCUUGGAUGAAUAUCGCCAGGUGCUGCUCAAAAAUAUGUCGAAGAAGACGAAGGAGUGUGCGGAGUUUAUUCAGAAGGAGGCUCAAUUCACGAACUUUUGGAUCCGAGCGGGAACCAACGUGAUAUCGGGUUCACACGUAGAUAACCAAGUGCGUGACUUCACCGAGGCUUUCGUGGACCUUCGUCGGUCCUUUACCGAAGCGGGAGUGCUCGAGGCGGAAAUUCGUGUGGCAGAUCUGGCAAAUCGGAGUAAGCUCUCGCCCUUUCCCUUCUCUGUUAGCCCCUCGUUCUUAUCGACGGCUCAAGGCAUCACCAACGGUUUGCCUCAUGUACCCGGCGCAGGACUCAAUUCGGCUAAAACUUGUCUCGCGGGUACGCGUGUGAAGACGCUGUGUGCGCUCCAAGACUGGAUCAACGACCCCAAGCCCGAUGCACCACGAGUUCUCUUCCUCCUCGGCGGUGCCGGGGCCGGCAAGUCUUCCAUCGCCCAUUCCAUUGGCGUCCACUUCGAGGCUCAACACAGGCUGGGCUCCUUCUUCUGCUUCAAUCGUACCUUUCAAGCAGAGCGUCCGCCAAACCGCGUGUUCAGAACAAUUGCGCGCGAUCUGGCGAACUGGAAUCCCACCUUCCGUCAUGCGCUCGCGAACGUCCUCCGUGAUCAGAGCGAUUUAGCAGGGUCAGUCGACAUCACGAAGCAGUGGGAGGGGCUUGUUCUCAGGCCACUCAAGACGGUUCCUUGGAUUGGGCCGGUGGUUGUCGUCAUCGACGCAUUCGAUGAAAGUAGCUCCGCUGACGCGCCCGAGCGCCGUCUGCUACUGAAGCUUCUCACGGAGGGUUCCAGGGAGCUUCCUCCCAACUUCCGCAUCCUGAUCACAUCCCGUCCCGAGCACGAUGUCAUGCGCAUCGUACAUCCCUCAAAAGACAAUCAUCUGCACGUCAGCCACGUAACCCUCGAUGACGACAAGGUAGAGGCGACAUCAGACAUCGAACGAUACGUCCGUCACGAGCUCGUUCCAGAUGAUUCACUAUCGGAUGAGGCACUCCACGACGAGGACUUCCGGCUGCUAGUGACUAAGGCGGAGGGCCUGUUCCAGUGGGCUGCGACGGCCUGCAGAGUUGUUCUUCAAAACCCGGCCUUCCUCACAUUGAGAGAGCGGUUCGAACUACGUCUGCGCCCGAUGUUGCGAGGGGGUCCUUCUUCUCUUGACGACCUCUACCGAACAAUUCUAGAGCAACUUUUCAAGCUGGAGCCAGAAGCGGCGGAGCGUUUCCGCUCUGUGAUGGCACAGAUCCUUUGUGCCUCUUCUCCGCUAUCGAUCGAUUCACUGCAUGAACUGAGGCGUCACGCGACUGGCACUCAGAAGGACGAAGUCGCCCUUGUCGUGGCAUACAUGGGCUCCCUUCUCUCCGGCGUAUCUACCCGGACAUUUCCUAUCCAACCGCUUCACACAUCGUUUCGCGACUUCCUCGUUGACGAGACUAGAAGCGGGGAGUGGUUUGUCGACCUGGCACGGGGGCAUUCCAUCAUGGCGCUCGGUUGCCUCCGCGUCAUGAACUAUCGAUUGGCCUUCAACAUCUGCCGCUUGGAGACGUCCUACAUCCUGAACCGUGACAUUCCUGAUCUGGACUCCCGCCUUUCCACCUACGUUCCCCAAAGCCUGUUGUACGCUGCAUGCAACUGGAAAGAUCACCUCGCCACCACUCAUCCGUCAGACCUCCAACAAGAACUGAGCAGUUUCUUGCGAGAAAAGCUUCUGUUCUGGUUCGAAUUGCUCAGCCUCCUCAAGUGUGUCAAUCGCGCCGCCCCUUCGUUGGAAGCCGCACUCAAGGGGUAUGAUGACUCUGGGAGUGAUCCAUCGAAGAAGCUGUUGCGUGAUGCGAUUUCCUUCGUCCGCCGGUUUGCUGGUGUAAUAGCCCAGGCCGCUCCUCACAUCUACAUCUCGGCUCUGCCUUUCUCUCCGACGUCGUCCAGGGUCCGGAACAAUUAUCUCCCGUAUUUCCCCUGCCUUCCGCUUGUCGAUGGCAUUCGUGACCGUUGGCCGCGGGCUCAUGCUGUCCUCUCGAGGCACACAGAUAUCGUUCGUUCCGUGGCAUACUCCCCUGAUGGUCGGAGUAUUGUGUCAGGAUCGGAUGACAGGACAGUGCGAGUCUGGGAUGCGGAGACGGGCGAAGCGAUCCAUGAGCUCUCUUGCGGCGACUGGGUUUUGGGGGUUGCUUUCUCGCCGGAUGGCCAUCACAUCGCCGCAGUACUCAAUGAUUCAACGGUGUGGAUAUGGGAUUCCACGACAGGGGAGGCUGUUUGUGAACCUCUACGGGGUCACGAAGAUGCAGUGUGGUGUGUUGCUUACUCUCCAGAUGGACGUCUCAUUGCAUCGGGUGAUGGGGAUGGUCGUAUUUGCAUCUGGUUCACCGAAACACACGGGAUGGUGAAUCAGCCUAUCCUUGCCCAUUCAUCCGACGUUCAUUGCGUUGCCUUCUCUCCGACUAGUCAAUACAUCGCGUCGGGUUCUGACGAUGAUACGGUGCAAGUUUGGGACGCCGUAGAGGGACGCGCUGUCGGGAAGCCCUUCGAAGGCCAUACGAACCGGGUCACUUCUGUCCUUUUCUCGCUGGAUGGUCUUCGGAUUGUCUCGGGAUCAUGGGACUCGACAAUUCGGAUCUGGGACUUUGAGACCCAUCAGACGUUGAAAACGAUAUCCCACGACCUUCUAGACGACGUAUGGUCUCUCGCGCUCUCUCCCGAUGGCAGGCGCAUCAUCUCUGGAUCUGAGAAUGGCAGCGUCCUCAUAUGGGAUGUGAAGACACAUGGGAUUGUCGCGGGGCCAUUUGUUGGGCACAGCAGCUACGUACGCGCUGUUAGUUUCUCACCUGACGGUCGCCAUGUGGUGUCCUGCUCGGAUGAUAUGACAAUACGGAUAUGGUCUACAGAGAAGAGCACAAGCGUGGAAAGCCCUGGCGAUGUCUCUCCCGAUACAUCAAAUCCCGCCGUGACCUCGGUCGCGUACUCGCCUGACGGACGCCGAAUCAUAUCGGGCUCUAUAGAUGGCACUAUCAACGGGUGGGACGCGGACACUGGCAAAUCCAUCGGCAGGCAUCCGGAGGGCCAUUCCAACCGUAUAAAUCGCAUCAGGUUCUCUCCGGAUGGCGGUCGCUUUGUUUCCGCCUCGGGGGAUCACACUCUUCGUGUAUGGGACUCGACUACGCUCCAACCCCUUGGAGAGCCUCUACGUGGCCAUACGAACUGGGUAUGGGACGCUGAUUACUCCCCAGAUGGCCGCCGGAUCGUCUCGUGUUCGGACGACGGCACCAUUCGCAUCUGGGAUGCAGAGACAUACAAGUGUCUCGUCGGGCCUUUGGACGGGCAUGAAGAUUGGGUCAGAUGCGUCGCGUGGUCACCGGAUGGCAAGCACAUCGCAUCGGGCUCGGACGAUUGGACAGUGCGGGUGUGGGAUGCUGAGACGGGGCACGCUGUUGGCGAGCCAUUCUGGGGCCACAAAGGCUGGGUCUUGUCUGUUUCAUGGUCCAUGGAUGGCCGGUAUGUACUGUCAUCCAGCGAGGACGGCACAAUCAGAUUCUGGAAUACAGAGAAAUGGGAAGAAGAAGGCGAGACUUUACGCGGCCAC